CAUGCCACUCUCUCACUUUGUCACAGUUUACCCUUCCCCCUCCCCAUAUCCUCAAGUCCAUUCUCUAGUAGGUCUGUGUCUUUAUUCCUGUCUUACCCCUAGGUUAGAAGCAUAUACUUUUAUAAUUAGAAGGAAAUUGAGAAAUCUCCAGUUCAGUUUUUCACUCUGUGAGAACUCGUUGCCAAAAGUUUGGCCUGACCAGUAAAUAGGAAGGAAGUGCUCUUACCCCCUUGGGUUUGGAUUUGAUAUCUAUAUGUGUCUUCUCCCUUUCCUCACCCGGGAAGCUAAGACAUUCCCUUGGCUCAUUUUGAGCCUUCAUCAGAUCAAACUUUUGGUCUUCUUUUGUCCAUCUACUGCUGGCUGAAUCCCGCCCCCCAUUAUGUGCUUGUGUCUUUAUGUUGUUUUUAAUUCUAAACGCAGGACAGUGUGUUUUGUGCUUAUGGUUUUCAGAUUCUGUUAUCAAGACCGUUGCAAAUUUGAGUCUGCCUUAAAAUACUAACAUUUAUUAGUUUUUCCUCCAACUUUGUGUUGUUUGUAGAUUUGACAAGCCUUUUGCAAGGUCAUGUACUUAUGCUACCUGAACUUUUUGUCCCCCUCAUGACUUUGUCCCGUCUACUCCGUCGUGCCUACUGCUGUUCAAGGUUAGAGCCGUCAGUCCUGUUCAAGCCUGUCGCCCCAUCUGUCAUCACACUUCUCUGUCUCCCUCUCGCACGCAGUCCUGCUCUUCCCCAGUAAUCCAGCUGCAGGGAUACCUGCAUAAUAGUGCAAAACAUUGUAUACCAGUGAUAUUGCAGUAUUGUUUGUGAUAGUGAAAAAGGUAAACCAUCUCCCUAUUUAUCAGAAGAUUGAUUAAAUUACCAUAAACACCUAAGAAUGUUUAUGCAGUUAUUUUAAAAAUGAGGUAAAUAUAUAUCUACUGACACAAAAAGAUAUCAACUAUGUAUUAAAUAUUUAAAAGCAUGUUACAGAAGAGAAUGUAUAGUACAUUUUCAGUAAUUGUGUGAAAAAUGUUUAUCUCCGGAGAGUUACAAAUGUAUAUGUUUAUGUCACACCUAAUAAGUGGGUAUUGGAGGGAACAAGGGGAGGAUUUAUACUUUUACUCUCUGAAAGUUUACAGCUUGACUUGACUUUUACAGUAAGCAGUUGGACAUCAGUGUAGACUCGGUAAAUAUCAGAGACAAGAAGAUAGAGGUGGUAAUUCCAGCUGGAAAAGCGGGUGAGGAAAGCCUGGACCAUAAGAAAAAGAAGGACCAGUUGGAAGGGCUGUCAGUAGACUGAGGUCCAAGUGAGUGAGAGUAGUCCCUGCCCUCAGCGUGGAAGACAGACAUUCUUCCGUGCUGUUACGUAAACACAGCACCGUGACUUACCUUCUUCCAUAGAUGUCGAAGUGAGGUAGUGCAGAGGUGGAAGCAAUUCUGCCUUGCAGAGUCAGCUCUUCACAGAGCUGAGCACAGUUUGGAGGAUGAAUGGGAGUUUGCAGGGCAGAAAAUGAGAAGGUGGGCAUUCCAGCCAGAGAGGAGAAGACUGAAGAGUUCAAGUGUGUGUGGUGGUGCCCCGUGAAGGGCAGCGUGCGUGAGCAUUGUGGAGGAGGUGGGGCUGAGGUUGACAUGGCUAAGGAGGGGGCCGAGAUGCCGGCAGCUUCAUAGCCGGGCUGUGGGGCUCAGACCUCAUCACGAAUGCGGCAGGGAAGUCAGAGAAGAAGACUCUCUGAAAUCGAUUACCUUAGAAAGCUGACUUUGGCAGCAGUGUGGAGAGUGGCUUGAGAAGGACAAGGCUGGAGCGAAUGAGACCAGUUUAGCGAUCAGGCUGCUGUGUUCCAGGCCUGAGAGGAGAGAUUGAUGUGGAAGAAUUGGCAUCCGGCGUAGAGGAGAGGACGCGUAUUUAAGAGGUGCACGUUUAGCAUCUCUACAGUGAGUGUAGGGAAGACGCGCAGUGUGUUUGAUCAGUUGUUAGAAACGUGGAGUAGGGCAGGGCCAAGAGUGCUCUGCGGAGACCUGCCUCGAGGUGGAUGCAGCCCAGCAGGCUGGAGGGUCCACCGGCGCGUUACCGCCUGCCUUCCUCUGUCUUGUCCAUGAGGAUGUCUUGGGGUUUGCUGAAAUGAAGGUUCAGUGUGUGUGCAGUAUUUCCGUCAGUUUUGUGACCUUUUGAAAGAAGAUGAGGCUGAAAGCUUUUGCUGAUUUCUGUGCAUCGGUUACAUUUAAUCUCUUUGGAAUUAGAACUUGAAUGAUUUUCGUUUUCCUUGUGUUUAGCUCACUUGUUGAUCUUUCCUUUGUGGUCAGUGGAGUAUUUACGUCUUGCCUAUCACAGCUCUUGCCUUCAUUUCCUGUGAUUGUAAACUCCCUAACCCCUGGAUGGUUUUUAAUGGGGAAAAAAAACCCCGUCUAUUUCUUUAGUAAAAAGUAUCACAAGCUCUUUAUGGGCAGCAGCUAGGGUUCAGGCUCGCAGACUUCCCUGUGAUGCAGAGCACAUGAUAGUGGGUAACUCAUUGUUAAUUGUUUGAGCCAGAUCAAGACCCUUUACAGAGAAAAACUAAUCACUUAUUUUAUUUUUAAAUAUUAAUUAAUUAAUUUUGGCUGCGCCGGGUCUUAGUUACUGUGUGGGGAUCUUCAUUGCGGUGUGUGGGAUCUUUUAGUUGCAGCGGGCGGACUUCUUAGCUGCGGCGUGUGGGAUCUGGUUCCCCAGUGAGGGAUCGAACCCGGACCCCCUGCAUCGCGAGCACAGAGUCUCACCCACUGGACCACCAGGGAAGUCCCCAAAACUAAUAACUUACUUUAAUACAUUAAACUUCUAAACUCAUUGUCUCGUUGCGCUCAGGCUUGUAAUCAUUUUUUUUCAGGUUUUGGAAUGUUACAGCUUAUACAGACUUUGUAUGUGUGUAUUUGUGGAAGUGGUUUUACCUUUAAAAUUGUGUGGAGUGCUCCCUUUCUAGCGCUCUGCCUUGAGUAUAGUCAGUCAAGACAGAGUGGACAAUUGAAUGGUAAUAGGAAGGCUGGGAAUGGUACAGCUUCCCCCUUAUCAAGGAGAAGAAAGCAGGCGGAAUGAGGAUGGAGUUGGUGUGGUCAGGAGUAAAGUCUCUGUAUGCCGCACCAGGAGAUGCUUUGAGUUUCACGUGUGUGGGAAUGUCUUUGUCUCAUUCAUGGGCUCUGAAGGCGGGACCCCAAGGAGGAGAUUCUCUGAGGUGCACAAAGAGAGGCGGGAGCAGGCGCGGCGGACUGUGCUAAUCCACUGCCCGGGCGGGGUCGGCGAGGAGAGGCUUCUCAAGCACCUAUCCCGGCACGGGUCCGUUAGCAGCCACUUCUUCUAUGAGAGCUUUGGUCUUCAUGCUGUUGUAGAAUUCAGUCAGAAGGAAAGCGUAGCUUCGCUGCAGAAUGUAACUCGUACUCCAAGCCUGGGCACAGAGGCUGCAAUUCCAUUCAGAUCACGUUACUUCAAUUUAAAGUUGAAGACUCCAUUAAACCAGACUUCUGAGCAGUCAAGUAUUCGAUGUAGGAAUCAGUCUUCUCCUUCAAGCAAGAAGCUUUUUGAAUUACUUUGUUGUGCAGAAAGUGUCGAUGAUCAGCUGAACACUCUCCUGAGGGAAUUCCAGCUCACAGAGGAGAACACCAAGCUCCGAUAUCUCACCUGCUCUCUUAUUGAAGAUGUAGCCGCUGCGUAUUUUCCGGACUGCACCGUCAGACCCUUUGGCUCUUCAGUGAACAGUUUUGGAAACUUAGGAUGUGAUUUGGACAUGUUUUUGGAUCUAGAUGAAAUUGCAAAAUUUAGUACUCACAAGGCCUCAGGAAAUUUUCUGAUGGAAUUUCAAGUGAAAAAUGUUCCUUCGGAAAGAAUUGCAACACAGAAGAUCCUGUCUGUGGUAGGAGAAUGCCUUGACCACUUUGGCCCGGGCUGUGUGGGAGUGCAGAAAAUACUAAAUGCUCGGUGCCCCCUUGUCCGGUUCUCACACCAGGCCUCUGGAUUUCAGUGUGAUUUGACUACUAACAAUAGGAUUGCCUUGAAGAGUUCUGAACUCCUUUAUAUGUAUGGUGCCCUGGACUCCCGAGUGAGGGCCUUGGUGUUCAGUAUCCGAUGCUGGGCUCGAGCACAUUCGUUAACGAGUAGCAUUCCUGGUGCUUGGAUUACAAAUUUCUCCCUUACCAUGAUGGUCAUCUUUUCUCCAGAGGAGAUCACCCCCUAUUCUUCCAACACUAGAUUACCUAAAAACCCUUGCAGAUGCAGAAGAUAAGUGUAUAAUAGAAGGCCACAACUGUACAUUUGUUCGCGACUUCAAUAGAAUUAAACCUUCAGGAAACUCAGAAACACUAGAAUUACUACUGAAAGAAUUUUUUGAAUAUUUUGGAAAUUUCGCGUUCAAUAAAAAUUCCAUUAAUAUUCGACAG